AUGCGCAUCAAGUAUAGGCAAAUCUACUGCCGCCCGUGCGAACUGUUCUUACUUGCUGGCACAGGCCGCUUGCUGCUGGGUGCUCUUUGCUCUCUCGGCGGUCCCAUGGCAGUGGCAACUGUUAUAAUGGGGCCACUCGACCGACUCCGCAUCCUUCAGCAAACAGAAGACGCAAUAAAGAAUCAGACCUUCCAGCAGAGACGAGGAACAAAAAGACGUUUGGGAAGCCUUUGGGUUGGAGCUGGCUGUGGGGGUCUGAGGCUUACGGCUUCCUCCAUGUACGCUGUUCACUGUUGUAUGGCUGCAAUUGUUCAGAUCUGCAGUCUCGCUCUUAGUUCAUUCGUUGCAUCUGCUGUUUGUCACCCAAUAGAGCUUAUUAGGACUGUCCUAAUUGCCGGUCUCCUCGGCUUUUAUUCAGGAUUCUCGUUCACGUGCUUAUCAGUUAUUCCGUUCUCCUUUUUGGCUGCUUCUUUCUACUCACCUUGCCUCUCGGCUCUGAUUUCUUUCUCUCAUAGGUGGGAGCCUUCGCGGGGCAGCCUGGGGAGCCCUCAGAAAACCUCUGGGGGGACUGAUGUGCAGCAUCGUACGUUACAUGACGCUUCUGCAGAGGCUGCCUCUGUUGGUGCUUCUGAUUCGGAGAGCUCGAGUACCUCUUUAGGAGCCCUCCCUGGCGUUUUGUCGGCAGUGGUCCCAGUACACACCACGGGGGGGAGCACUCCUCUGCUUUUUACACUUUCACUUCUCUCUGCAUAUUUGUCUUCUCGCGCUGCUCAAGGAAUAAUUUACCCCAUCGAGACUCUCAGGUGA